AUGCUGAAUCUACCAAUAUUCUCCCCUCCUCGAAUUUUGAUUUUUCCACUAAAACAUAUUGAGCGACAUCAGCUUUUGGUCCGGUCACCCGCCACUUUUUCCAUCAAGUUGACUAAACACAAAAUGGCUGCGUAUGAGUUUCCCGACUUUGACCAAUUGCCGUCUGUGCCGGGGCAGCCUCAGGGCAGUCUGUGGGGGUUUUUUGACCGAGGCGGCAAAAAGGAUGAGCUUGGCACCAUCAACCUCUUGAAUGCAGAGACUGUCAAAGAGGCUGCGCGGGAGAUUCAGACCGGCCGCCAUGUCCAGCUGGAUUGGCCCAUGAACAAUGUCGAGUUUCCCGGCUUUGGCCGCAUUCCUAUUGAGCACAAUGUGAAGGAGAUGGAAAAGGAGGGCUUCCUGGGGCUGGAUGACGAGAUUAAGAUUAACACGCAGACGAGCUCGCAGUGGGAUAGUCUGAAACAUGCAAGUCUUUCAUGCGGCUGUUUUCUACGAUGGUGGGAGCAUAAAAACCCAGGCAAAGAAGCGCCCUCUGCCAUUUCAACCUACUCGAUCCCGGCGUCCGAGCUGGAAGAGGUGCUCAAGUUCCAAGGCACCGAGUGCCGCCAGGGAGAUGUCCUCAUUGUUCGAACAGGCUUUGUCCGCUGGCACGACCUCGCAGAUGAACGUACCCGAAUCAAGGGCACCAGCCCCGAAACAAAAGUCCUCACCCUCAUCGGCGUCGAGAGCAACAUGGACACCGUCCGCUGGCUCUACUCCAAGCACUUUUCGGCUGUUGCUGGAGACACCAUGGGCUGGGAGGCCUGGCCGUAUCCCAAAGACUGCUGCCUUCACGAGUGGCUGCUUUGCCAGUGGGGGACGCCGAUAGGCGAGAUGUGGAAUCUGGAGCAGUUGAGCGAUGUUUGCGCCGAGUUGAAGAGGUGGUCGUUUUUCUUGACGAGUGCGCCGUUGCAUGUUGUUGGGGCGGUUGGGUCUCCGCCGAAUGUGAUUGCCAUAUUUUGA